UCUAGACGCUGUCAUAUCCAGUUCACAUUCCCUAUGUCGCACCCAGUCUUACUCUUCGAGGGUUGAGUGUCCCCAAUUGCCCACGCCAGCAAGAGUACUCCGAUUCUCUUCUGUCGCACUGGAUGUUUCACGGAGCGAUAUAAACUAUAUGGAAGCAAGUCGUGACCUUCAUCUCUUCGUAUAAUUUUUUUUACAAUACUCCUGCCUCUGCCUUGAAUGUCUCAUUCCAUUAGCCAGUCGGAACCGCGGGAAUUAUUGUAUCGUAAUUCAUCUUCCGAUUCCAAGUCCUGCGUAGACAAGACGUCAGAGGCUGCCAUAGUCGCUAUCCGCAUUGGAAACGCUCUUUUCCUGAAUUGAGAGGACUUCCCCCCCGAGUAUGUUCGGCGCCGUUCUGUAGUCGGCACUCUCCCUGCCCUAAAUCGGGCCAAUCGUCUGAAUACCAUGUGACAGUUUUGAUAUCUUUAAGCCACUAGACUACAAGAUAAUCAGCCACCACCUCACAGUAAUAAGAUUAGGCGGUACGUUAAACACCAUUUUCCAAGAUGAAUUCAGCGGGGGAGCCAACGGGGGACGCGUCCGCGAUAUCUCAACCUCCUCGGUCAUCAACACCAGAAGAGAGAGAUGGCGAUAAUUUGGCGCCUAAGAAACCGAUUGUUCGGAAACGAACGAAGACGGGUUGCCUUACCUGCCGAAAACGUCGAAUAAAGUGUGACGAGGGUAGGCCGACUUGUAACAACUGCUUGAAAUCGAAGCGGCAAUGUGAUGGAUACAAUCAACGAGUUGUUUUCAAAGACCCUUUAGGCGCAUUUGCCAAUGCCCCCUUUGGACCGAUACAUUAUCCAGCACCCUCUCCUCAGGCAUUGGUAAGAGAACAGCAGCUAUCGGCGGCGCAACAAAAGUCUUCAUCGCAGGCUUUACAAAUCAUUGCCCCUAAACCGCCUGUGGGAUACCCUCAAGUGCCUGGAUUUUACCCCGGCCAAGUUGGGCAAACCACAUCACCUAUGAGCUUCGAUCCCAACGGACUCGGAUCUCAAUCUGCGCAACCGAAGUAUACCUUCUUUCCACCAACCACUGUCGAUGCGUUCUCUCAACAUCAGUGGAGGCAGGAACAGCCUACAAACUUCGGUUCGCUUUCACCUAUUGCCCCUGAGAAUCUUGCCCAAAAUUUUGCCCCUGUUCUGCCCCAGCAGCAACAACAGCCAGGCAAUAUCCAACUAGACAAAGGCAAGGCUCGUGCUGAACCUGAACAGCAUAUCCAGGUCACAGAGUAUGAGUACGAGGAAUGGGAAUACCCCGUAUCAGAUGAUGAGUCCAUGGCAGAGUCGGAUGAUGUGCCAAUUAGUGCGCGGCGCACGUCUCUCGACUUCAACGACCUCGGGGUAGUCGCUUUUCAGAGACUUGACCAGCCGUAUGACACGUUCGGAACCCAGACGAGAACCUUCUCAGCCUUUGCUCCUGACCUUGCGGCGUAUGAGCCGUCACCGUCCAAUUCUCCCUUGAACGACAAACAAAUAGCGGGAGUAUUCUGGCAUUUUGUGAACGUAACCGGACCUAGCAUAUCCAUGUAUGAAAGGUAUCCUAUUGAUCCGUCGCCCAUCUUUCAGGGGCAACCUAUACCGAAGUCUCGUCAGCAUAUCUGGACCUAUACCUUCCCAAUUUUGUCUUUUACCCACCCAGCUCUCCUCCACGCCGUGCUCGCAAUUGCUAGCUUGCAGAUUGCAAAACUUCAAGCUCUGCCACCAACAGCAUCUCUCAAGCACUAUCACCUAGCUUUGAGGAGAAUUGCGCGAAACGUGGGUCGGCCAAAUAGGCGGUCUCAACCAGCAAACCUGGCGGCAACAUUAGUAUUGGCAUUCUAUGAAGUGUGGAACUCCGAUCAUGACAAAUGGAGCAGACAUCUAUUAGGAGCACGUUUAAUCAUCAAAGAAAUACCGUUCGCAGAAAUGACUCGAGCUAUGAUGAGAAUUAAAUACCAGCAGAGAAUGCAGGAAAUGCAACAGCCUCCGAUAGACGCGUUUGGAAUGUUCACGACAUAUGAGGAGACAACUCCCAUGCAUAAAGACUGGGAUCAUCUAGACGUCCAAUUACUAAGUGAGAUAACCGGCAAGGAUGUCUCGUUUGAUGAGUUAGGAAUGAUUCCCGAAGAGCACAGCGCAUAUCCCAGGUCGAGAUAUCAGCAUACAGAUAAGGACAUGGAAACAUACCAACAAUUGAGCGACCUCUUCUGGUGGUACUGCAAACAAGAUGUUUACCAGAGCGUACUAGGUGGAACAAGACUAUUCCUCGAGUAUGAUGCAUGGACUCAAUGCCCGCCGAGGGCCCCAAUAGGAAGGCUUGAUGCUAUAUAUGGCACGUACGACCACCUUAUGCUAUUGCUUGGCCGCUUAGCAAACUUUGCAUCCAAGGAUCUAAGCCGAAAACGGAAAACCUUUAAGAUGGCCAGUCCCGGUCCCGGUCCCGGUCCCGGGCGCGGGGGAUCCCCGGGAAUGUUCCCGGGCAUGGUGCCUCGUAACCCCGAAACCAUCACGGUGCCGAUGGGAUUCACCCCACCGAGGGAAACAUCACCACCGAGCGAUGGGCUCCCCGAGAAUAUCGACCUCGACGCUAGUACCGCCGAGGCGUAUCGCGAGUGGGAGGGAAUCAAGCGGGCCUUCGAAAUACUCAGGAGCCAUUUCGGUCCCGAGUUCGAGGCCCUCGGUACCGACGUUUACCCCGCCAGGGCAACACCGUUUGGCCUCGCCGCGCACUACAGGACUUACUCCAUCGCGGGCGUCUGGAUGAACUACUACAUGGGCUUAAUCAUACUCCAUAGAGCUCAUCCCACGAUGCCGCCCGUGGCCAUGAUGGCUGCGGGUAUUUCCGCGCGGACGACUGCCUCGUACUGCAUGGAGGUGGGCCGGAUUGCUGCCGGCCUAGAAGAGAAUAUCGCGCAUCUCGCCAACGUGAGUACGCUCAUGGCAGCCGCGCUGAUAGAGUGCUGUUUCCCCUUAUUUGUCGCAGGUAUCCAGUACCAUGACGAUUUCCAGCGGCAAUGGCUGAUCCAACGACUACACGACAUCGCGCGGUUGACGGGGUGGCAGUCGGCGCGGCAGAUCGCAGUGGGAUGCGAGUCGUCGUGGACCAAGGCGGCGCAGCUAGGCCGCGGCCCGCCGUACGCGCGCUCCGUCAACCUCAGCAUCGACCCCCCUGGCUCCGUAUGGGUCAACGCCCGCCGCAUCGACAAGCGCAUUCAGGAGAUCAACGGGGACGAAACCAAGAUCGUGCUGGCCAAGGGCGAGAAAGCUUCCUACGCGAUGGGGUUGCUAGCUGUCGAGCAUGACCUCGAGAAGCUGGAUCUGGAGGCUAGUGAGCGGGAUCGGCGGUAACUGGAACUAGAGGGGUACUGCUUAGGGGUCUACAGGGGAAGUGCCUAAGGUAUGUGAUAGGGAUAUGAAAAUUUCAAAAUUCCAAUUUAAAGGGGAGUGUGAUAACGUGAAAAUGGACUGGAAUAUUUCAUGAUUGUACGGACUAGAGAGAUGGGGGCUUAGAGUAGGCGUCUGAGAAAAAUACGGUUGAUUACGUUGGAUAUCUUAGGUACCCUAUGUAAGGGAGGAAUAACUUGGAGAGGAGGGGAUCGACGGCGGACGGCUUGCUUGUAUAAGAUAGUACAUGAGAUUUGGUGAUACUUAAUACAAAGUCCACCUUCUCAGAAAAUCUCGGGUGUCA